AUGCAAAGUGGGUUCUCAAAAAACAAACAGUUUUAUACCUAUAUUCCAGCAGUCAAUUCUAGUAGCACUAAACUAUUAUUGUUCUUACAUGGAUUAGGCUCAUCUCAGAAUUUUUAUUAUCCUAUUGCUAGGAAAUUUCCUCAAUUUAAUGUCUUGUUAAUUGAUCAUGAAGGAGCAGGACAAUCGAAGUUGUUGCAUCAUACUAAUUUGUCGUUACAGGACUUGUCUGAAAACGUCGUUUCGGUUUUACAAGAGUUAUCCUUGAAUAAAUUAGAAAUUACCUUAAUUGGACAUUCAAUGUCCGGAAUGCUUGUCAGUUAUAUGAAUUUGUUUACUGAUUUACCAAUUAUUGAAAAUGUAUUGAUUGCUCCUGUUCAUCCUCGAAAGAAUUUGGUAGAUAUAAUGCAAAAGAGGAUCGAUUCAUUGCAAGUAAGUAAAUCACUAAUUGAAUUUAGUAAUACUAUUCCUGAAGCAGCUACUGGGUCUAACUGUGGUGAUUUACAAAUUGCUUUUAUAAGACAAUUAAUACAAGGAAAUUCUGUUGAUGGUUAUAUUGCCAAUUGUCAGGCUAUCAAUAGUGGUAUAAAUUACGAUUUUGACUAUGCAAGAAUUAAUAAGCCAACUUUGAUCAUUUAUGGGAAACAAGACCAGACUUCGCCAUGGAUAGGAUGCGUUGAAGAAAUCUAUAAAAACUUGCCUAAUGCUCAAUUAAAGGAGCUAGAUGUUGGCCAUUGGAUUGUUAUUGAAGAUGACAAAAAUGUGUAUGAUGCUUUAGAAAAGUUCCUCCAACAGUGA